CUCUGUUGUUUAAGAUUACCGCGGAAUUAUUGAUGAACUUGCACUUGACACACAUGGCGGGCGUUUUAGUCUUCGUAACCUGGUAAUGGAGGUUUUGCGCUCCAGUUUCCUUCAAUCGCUCCCUGCUAUCUCUGAAGCGAUAAAUUCAGCUUCCUUACUUGCAAUUGACGCGGAAUUUUCGGGCCUGAACGUGAAAUGGGGAGUCGAAAACUCUUUCGACACGCCACAGGAACGCUACUCUAAACUCAAGGAAGGUUCUAAAGAGUUCAUCAUUAUUCAAUUUGGAUUAUGUACCUUUACUUGGGAUAAAAACCAAGAAUUGUACAUCGCAAAGCCUUUUAACUUUUACAUCUUUCCAAAGGUGUGGAAUAGGCAAUGUCCAGAUGUGCGCUUUUUGUGUCAAAGUUCCAGUCUUGAUUUUCUUACUGAGCACGGCUUCGACUUCAACAAACUUUUUCGUGAAGGAAUUUCCUAUUUGCGACCGUAUGAUGAGCAGAAAUUGAGGGAACAUUUUCUCGCGAGGAACACGCAAGAUUCAUUUGUUUCAACUUCGUUAACCUCCCCGGAUUCCACUACUGAAGCAAGUGGGGGAUCUUCUCAGAAGAGAGCAACUGUUCCCCCGGAACACAAGGAGUUUGUAGAGAAAGCUUGUGACAGUAUAGAAGAAAUGCUUAAGGAUCCGGAGGGGAAGGUCACUCAAUUUCCACCAUGCAAUGGUUAUCUAAGAAAGCUGAUUUACCAAACUGCUAAACAAAGAUUUAAGUCUGGGAUCCACAUGGAAGCAGCAACAAACGAGAAGAAGGAACGAUUCAUCGUGGUGACUAAGGUCAAUGAGGAUGAAAAAAAGAAAAUGCAAGAAGAAAAAGAGGCAAAAGAACAAGAAUUGAUUGAAAAUGCUGUUGGUUUCACACAAGUUGUGAAAAUGAUCUCGCAGUCUGGUAAAUUGGUUGUGGGACACAACAUGUUUCUUGAUCUGAUUCAUGUAAUUGAGCAGUUUUUGUGCCCACUGCCAGAAAAAUUUGAUGACUUCAAGGCUACCAUCAGUGCAGUAUUUCCAAGGCUUAUUGACACAAAAGUCAUGGCAAACACACAGCCCUUUAGAGAUCUUAUUCCUUCUUCUGUACUGGCAGAUCUUGUUAAGCAUGUCUCAAAGAAACCAUUUCAGAAGGUUGCGGUGCAAUUUGACGAGGGGUUCAGUGAUUAUGGAGAUAGCAAUGAGAAACCUCAUGAGGCAGGUUACGAUGCUUACAUCACCGGACUUGCAUUUAUUUCCAUGGCAAACUACCUUAGUUCUUUCCAAGAACCUCCAAAGAUCAACAUCAUACCAGAUUCUUCCUUGGUGGUUCCAUUCUUGAACAAACUUUUUGUCAUGCGAAUGGAAGAUGUUCCUUACCUGAACUUAGCAGGGGCUGACCUGAAUCCUCCCCGUGAUCAUGUGUUCUAUUUAACAUUCCCAAGUGACUGGAAGCAAGGAGACAUUCUUGACAUGUUCAGUAACUUUGGUUUCGUUUAUAUCUCCUGGAUCAAUAGCACCUCUGCUUUUGUCUCACUGGCUCGAAGGGAGAAUGCCAACAAGGUGUUAAGUACACUAGAUUGUAAAGGAGAAUGUUUCACUAUAGUUUCCUAUGCUGAGCACAAGCGUCAGUUACAUGGUGUGCAUGACGAAGGCUUUGAAUAUGAGAGGCAUACACCUCUUAAAAGACCAAGGCACAUGGAGGUCACUUGGAAAACUUCAUCACCCAAAGAAAUCCAGGUAGGCAAGACAGAAACCAAUGAAAGCAGUGAACCAGAAGAAGGGGAGAUAGUGGAUGAUGAAGAAUCUCCAGAGCCUGCCAAAAAGAAGCAAAAGAAAGACGAAAAAGUAUUUGAGGAACCUGCUGAUUGGUGAGGACACAGCACAAGGGGUAGAUGUGCUUUCCAUUGAAUUAUCUGUUGAGUAACUUUACCUUCUUUUCUACGAUUUGGUGUUAAUAUAUGAAUGUUUUUAGUUAGGCCAGUGAAAUGGCUGUAGAUCACUUUUUCAUGCAGAGUCUGUACAUACUCAGUGAUUAAUAGUGAAAAAGUAAUAAAAUAAUAUAGAUGUGUUAAUGAUACAUGUAAAAACGAUCAUUUUCCAGUCACUGUACAUAGUGUGAUGUAGUUUAACUUGGUGUUGGCUUGUAAAGUAUUUAAAGAAAAUUGAUCAGUACAAAUAUUAUGGACAUCAAUAGAGUGGUAAAAUUUAGUCACUAAAUUUUGGCUGUUGCUGUGUCAUUCUUGAUCACGUGAAUUAAAAUUUUUGUCACAUGGACACUAUAAUUUCAUUGGUGAAGCCAACACAAUGCUGGUAGUCUAUAUUACACUCAAACGACAUGUGCAUACACUAUUAUUGAUUUUAAUCUCAGACAAAAAAGUAAAAUUUACGAUCCAGUAGUUCAGUCAAAAUCACUUGAUUGCUACAACUUAGACCACUCACAGAGAAAGUUGUAACAGUAGUUGUAGGGCACUGCACUUUUCCAAUGUCAUGAAAUACUGUUAUCAUAAUUUAUGAAUGAAACUGUAAAUUCAACAGACUAAUAAAACUGCACUGUGUACUUUACAAUGUAAA